AUGAAGCGCGCGGAAUUCCGCCAGACAGAUCAGAUUCCAUCAUACUCGCCUCAAGAGUCAACGCUCAGCACCUCGCCUACCACUACCACGUCCAUGAGUGACGUUGCGUUGCACAUCGUGUUUGCUGCCGGCUUCUUCGACUCGACCGGGCCGUUUCCAGUGCAUUCCAAAGAGCUGCUACCACGAGGCGAAUCAUUCCUCGGGAUGACUUGGAGUGACGGGCAGGCGGUCUCCAACUUCCAUCGAACCCCCGCGCUCAACUCGACUCAGCAACCCGACUUGCCCUGGUCAACAACAUUACCACAGCAAGACAAGAAUAAUCUCGGGGCCCCGUUGCCCGACGAUGGCGCCGUGUCUGGCCGUGAGCUUCCCGCUGCGAGGCUAAACUCUCGCUCGUCCAGUGGGAGAUCCCCCUCCUCCAAAACCUAG